AUGGCUCCUGAAUUGAAAUCAGUCAAGGCUGAUGCUCCUCCUUCUGUUGUUGAAGAAUUCGUCAGUCCUGUAUCACCAACUAAAAAUGUUGAUGAUGGAAACGUCACUUCUCUAUUUGAUCCCUCUAUUAUUUCAAUUGCAACUGAAACUGUAACCCCCGAUGUCUCAAUAGUUAACAGUGAUGUUCUAAUAAGCAAUCAUGCCGAUUCUGGGAACGCGACUGUGGGUAGUAAAAUCCAGGCUACCAUACUUGGCCGAUAUGUGAAAGAUUUCAUGGAUUUCUUCAAAGAAGGUUGUGUAAGGAAGUUGUCACGUUUUGAUCAUUCUCUGAACAUAAGUGGUGGAUUCCAACGUGCUAAACAUGAAUACAAAAUUCUAUUCGAAUCAAAGACACUGGUUGAAUCUGUGAUUGUUCUUGACAUUGACAUGCCUUUUCAUGUAUUUGAUUUUACACCCUUUGCAGAAGUCUCAAAUUUAGUGGCUAACUUUGGUUAUUGUUUUGAUCUGACAAGACACCUUAUUGCAUAUAGUGAUCCUAUUGUUGACUACGGCAAAAAGAGAAUUUCUGUUGAGCUUGAAGAUGAAAGGCUGGAUGUGUCUAAUUACAACAUACGCAACAGCAACAGUGAGAUAUCAGUUGCUAGGGUGACUACUGAAUCAGACAUUAUUAAGAAAUAUCUAAAUGAUAUCUCUGAAGACCAGGAAAUUGAUCCUGAGAUGAUCGCAGAAUUUUAUCAAAAUUUAACACCUACACAGGAUAGCACUGCUAAGACUGCCAUCUCCUGCACUGAUGACACAGACAUGGGAUUUCUGGGAGACCACAUGGCAGAUAGUCCUCCUCUGAAGAAUAAGAUAGCAACUAGUGGCGGUGAAGAGAGUGUCAAAUCCAAUGCCCACAAGCGUAUCCCUCUGGUCAGUGCUCUACCACAAAAUAACAACUCCCUUCAAGAAAUUCAAGUUGUAAGCAACAAUGGUCAAUUCACUGUCACAUGUGGUCUGAAUUAUCGUCAUACUACUAUUGUGUUUGCUGGGAAGUCGUGGGUCAAUUUUGUCAUAGCACAUAAAUUGCUCACUUAUUAUGCUAUGUAUAUAACUGUUCAAGAACCAGGGUUGCUUCAAGUUUUAAUUUUUGACCGAGAUCAUAAUCUCAUCAACAAUUCAGUUCCACAAUUAGCCUGGGAUAACUUCAAAGAUAUUAAAGACAGAAUGAUUAUACCAAGGAUGUUUAGUGAAAUUCUGAUGGAAGACCAUGUGGUGAAUCAUUCAGAUUCUUCAUUUUGGUCUAUUGACUAUGGUGAAUACGCAUCUACAAUUGAUAUUGAUUACGAAGAAGGAACAUCCGAUAGCAAAAUUGUACUUGCUGGAACUGAAUGGAAGAAAUUGUUCUCUGAUCAUGAGGAUAACUUAAGGAAGCAACAUGUGCAACUUUGA